AUGAAGGUCUUCAGCAACAAGGUCACAUACAACUACUCCUGGGACGAGGUGUCCACAGCAAACUGGACAAAGUACGGCCCCUGGAACAACAAGUCUGAGCAUGUCAUUGCCGUCGACACCCUCUCCCGCGAAGUCGAUCCCGCGACCGGUAUUCUUCGCACCGAGCGUCUGAUUACCUGCAAGCAAACCGUGCCAGAUUGGAUCAAGACUAUCAUUGGUGGCACUGGCGACGAGAGCUUCAUGUACGAGGCUAGCUACGUCGACCCCAUCAAUAAGACCGUUACAAUGGUUAGCCAGAACCUGACGUGGAGCAACCUCGUCAACGUCCAGGAGGAGGUCGUUUACAAGCCCCUUGGCGACCACCAAACACAGUUCAUCCAGAACGCCAACAUCACAGCUCUCUGCGGUGGCUGGCAGCGAAUCAAGAACAGCAUCGAAGACACCAUGGUGUCCCGCUUCCGCGAGAACGCUGUCAAGGGCCGUGAGGGCUUCGAGCGCGUUCUGAUGAUGAGUCGCAAGGCUUUCGCCGAGGAGAAGGCGCGCCAGAUUCUAUGA